AUGCGAAAGCUUCAGUUAGGUUUAUCUAACUUUCGACGCUUAUGCAUCCUGAAAGGAAUUUACCCAGUGGAACCGCCGAAUAGAAAGAAAGCGGGCCGUGGAAGUACAGAGCCGCGCAUUUACUUCCACUCCAAGGAUAUUGGUUUUCUUGCACGUGAGCCAUUGAUCCAGACGUUUCGGUCUUUGCGUGUACAUCAGAGGCGCUUAAAGAGAGCUCGAGAAAAGCUUGAUCGGGACAAGGAAUUCCGUCUUAGAAUGAACAAACCAACAUACACUUUACACCAGCUUAUUAGAGAACGAUACCCUACCCGUCGUGAUGCAUUGCGAGACCUUAAUGAUAGUUUGAACCUCGUUUUCUUAUUCUCGCGUCUGCCGCGUUUAACACAAUUUCAUCCCGCAUUGAUCUCCUUGUGCCGGAGAUUUUGUGUAGAGUUCCUUCAUUACGUUAUCGCUAUGCGGUGUAUCCGAAAGGCUUUUAUAAGCAUUAAAGGCUUUUUCUUGGAAGCAGUAAUCGAUGAAAUUCCUGUUGCUUGGGUUAUUCCUCACCAAGCUGCUACACAUGCACCAUCUGAUGUGGAUUAUCGACUUUUAGCAACGUGCGUUGAGUUUGAUGUCACAUUGGUGGGGUCGCUGUUGGUCAAUCUGUAUAAAGAAGCAGGUCUUUUGUAUCCACCAAAGCUCAAUUCUCAAAACGUCCAUGAUCCUGCGUCUACAUACUGUUCUGCCGAAAGUGCCCAGUUCGAGUUCCUUUCUUCACUUUCCCUUCCAAUAAAACGAUUGGAAGAAAACAUUGCAGAGCCGGCUGAGUUGGAUAAUCUGGUCGAGUUACAAACCAUUGAUGACUCAGUAACUGCAGCAGUGAACAAGCAAGUACAGGUGCAGCGAAUAAAGAAUCUUUUUGAAGGCAAACGUUUCUUCCUCAAUCGUGAAGUCCCCAAGGAGGUGCUCACAGUGAUUAUCCGAGCUUGUGGCGGCGAUUGCAGUUGGGAUAUCUCCUCAGGUCCUGGCGCUACUUACACUGAAGACGAUUCGCGCAUCGACUAUCAGGUUGUCGAUCGGCCGAUGAAGUCAAUGAGUGCGAAUCGGGCCUACGUUCAGCCCCAGUGGGUCUUCGAUUCCCUCAACGCAGGUCGCCUGCUACCUACCCAGGACUACCUGCCCUCGGCCUCGUUGCCUCCCCACCUUUCGCCGUUCGCUACGGCCGUCGUGGACCCACGCGCGGACAUCGCCGACGCCCUCAAGCAGGCCGCGAUGGUGAAGCCCGCUCCGGGCUUCGGCGCCGGCUCCGCCCUCUAUCGCCCUCCCGAGGCCGACUACCUCGCCGGCCUCGUCUCCCUUGCUGAAGUCCGUGGUGCCGGAUUCGCCGCCCAGGCCGAGGGUCACCAAGAGGAUGACAAGGCGGACAAAACGGAGGUUGAUGAGGGCGACGCGCAAGAAGCUCCCAAAAAGAACAAGAAACGCAGAAAGAGCGUUUCUCAGGCUCUUAAGAAGGGUGGGUCACCAUGUCAUGCUUUCCUGGUUGCAGGAAAGAAGGCGGUGGUGGCACCGGGCCGGGCGCCGAGUGAGCUGACCGUCAAGAUGGCCGAACGCGCCGAGGAGAACGCGCAACGCAAGCUGCGCGAAUUGAUGCUGCCCAAGCGCCACAAGAAUUUGUACAGGAAGAUGGUUCACUCUCGCAAGACCGCUGAUAAGGACAUGCGAACCCUGGCUGAACGCCGGAAAGCAAUUGAGAGGUACGUCUCAUGUAGCUGUUUGCACAGUUGCUACCCAUAA